AGGGGAACGAUAAUAGCAAGGCGAGGAGAAAAAUAUUCAUAUAUAUAUAUAUAUAUAUAUAUUUGCUGAAAUUGGACUUUUUUCAAAAGAAUUUGAUGCUAUAAUAGCUUAGAAUGGACUCACAACAAUUUUUCAGAUAUGGAUACACCACUGAUUCAGUCAUAAACUAUGACUUGACAUCCAUAAGCAAUCCGGUAUUCUCUGAAUGGACAUUAAAUUCCCUGAAAUUCAAUCUCAAUGGAUCACCAAACUCUCCUCUCUCCGGCCACAGUUCAACAGGAGAAAGCCCAUCCAUGCCUGUAGGAGUUCAUCCUCCAGAUAGUACCCAAGUUACCAGUGAGGACAUUAGGCAUGCCCUUCAAGAGCUGGAGACUGUUCUCAUGGCUCCAGACACUGAUGAACAACCAAUGACCACAAGUACAAAGACAUGGGCUCAUCUUGAAACCUUGAUAAACUCUCAACCCCAGGCUCGCCCUCACAAACGACUGAAACAAUUUCCAGACAGCUGCCCACACAAUGGAGUUAAGCAUUUGCUGAUCAAGUGCGCAGAGGCAAUGUCAGAUGACCGAAUCGAAGAAUUCCAAUACUUAGUUCAAGAAGCUCGAUGUGUGGUUUCCAUCCACGGCGAUCCCAUUCAGCGUCUCGGUGCUUAUAUGUUGGAAGGUCUGGUAGCCAGGCAUGAAGAAUCAGGCACAAACAUCUACAAAGGCCUCAAAUGUCACGAACCAGAUAGCAGCAGAGAGCUCUUAUACUGCAUGCGGAUAUUAUAUGACAUGUGUCCCUACUUCAAAUUCGGUUACAUGGCUGCUAAUGGAGCAAUUGCAGAAGCUUUAAGAACAGAGGAUCGAAUCCACAUAAUUGAUUUUCAGAUAGCUCAAGGCACUCAAUGGACUACAUUGAUACAAGCAUUAGCAGCGAGACCGGGAGGUCCACCACAUGUAAGGAUCACAGGAAUCAGUCAGGGAGACAAUCUGCAACUUGUUGGGAAGAUAUUGCAUGAUAUGUCUAGGAAAUUCAAUAUCCCAUUUGAGUUCAAUCCGUUGGCGGUGCCCUGUGAAGUGGUAACUAAAGAUAUGCUGAAGAUCAGGGGAGGGGAAGCACUGGCAGUGAAUUUCACUCUCCAGCUUCACCAUACACCGGAUGAGAGUGUGGAUGUGAAUAACCCGAGAGAUGGUUUGUUGAGGAUGGUGAAAAGGUUAUCUCCGAAAGUGAUGACACUGGUAGAGCAAGAAUCAAACACUAAUACAUCUCCAUUCUUGACAAGGUUCACAGAGACAAUGGAUUACUACUCAGCAAUGAUGGAGUCCAUUGAUGAUAGUCUUGCAAGAGAGAGCAAGGAAAGGAUAGGUGUGGAACAGCACUGUAUGGGAAAGGACAUAGUGAAUAUGAUAGCUUGUGAGGGAAAAGAGAGAGUGGAAAGACAUGAAUUACUGGGGAAAUGGAGGUUAAGGCUUUGUAUGGCUGGCUUCAAGCAGUGUCCUCUUAGCUCAUACGUGAACUCAGUUAUAAAAAAAUUAAUGGCUUGUUACUCUGAUAAGUAUACACUGGUUGAGAAGGAUGGUGCAUUGUUGCUGGGUUGGAAAGGAAGGAGCUUGAUCUCAGCCUCCGCAUGGCAUUGAUUUACUUUUACUGGAAUUUCAUUGUUAAUCUAUGAAUUUAUUUGAAGCUUUUAUUUUUUUUUUAAUGUAAAAUAAAUUUAUAUGUAUCUUGUAUUACUAUUUUAAGAAAAGCAAACAAUGCUGCCAUUACUGAAAAAACUAUAAACAACCAAACACACACUGGAAAGCGGUGGUGGUGGACACCAUCUCUGACUCUGCUACAA